UCGCUGAAAAUCGUAAGGUGGCUGGGUGCGGGGACGGAGACCAGAGCGUGGCCCGGCUGGGUGGCGUAACCGCCUGUGGAUCUGCUAGGGCGGAAUCGGAUCCACGCGGGGCUGGGUUGCCUUCUCUCCGGGGUCUGGAUUGGAGAGGAGGCCGGAGCUCUGAAGACAAGUGGAUGCUAAAUGCUGGAUUUCGCCGGGACCAUGACACCCGAAGAAUGGACCUAUCUAGUGGUCCUGCUUAUCUCCAUCCCUAUCGGCUUCCUCUUUAAGAAAGCUGGACCUGGGCUGAAGAAAUGGGGGGCAGCAGCUGUGGGCCUGGGGCUCACUUUAUUCACCUGUGGCCCCCACUCUUUGCAUUCUCUGGUCACCAUCUUGGGAACCUGGGCCCUCAUUCAGGCCCAGCCUUGCUCCUGUCAUGCCCUGGCUCUUGCCUGGACCUUCUCCUAUCUCCUCUUCUUCCGAGCCCUCAGCCUGCUGGGCCUGCCCACUCCCACACCCUUCACCAAUGCCAUCCAGCUGCUGUUGACACUGAAGUUGGUGAGUCUGGCCAGUGAAGUUCAGGACCUCCAUCUGGCUCAGAAAAAGGAAAUAGCUUCUGGCUUCCACAAGGAACCUACUCUGGGCCUCCUGCCCGAGGUCCCCUCUUUGAUGGAAACACUCAGCUAUAGCUACUGCUAUGUGGGAAUUAUGACAGGCCCAUUCUUCCGCUACCGCACCUACCUGGAUUGGCUGGAACAGCCCUUCCCGGAAGCCGUGCCCAGCCUGAGGCCCCUGCUGCGCCGUGCCUGGCCAGCCCCGCUCUUUGGCCUGCUCUUCCUGCUGUCCUCCCAUCUCUUCCCACUGGAAGCUGUGCGUGAGGAUGCCUUCUACGCCCGCCCGCUGCCCACCCGCCUCUUCUACAUGAUCCCGGUCUUCUUCGCCUUCCGCAUGCGCUUCUACGUGGCCUGGAUUGCGGCCGAGUGCGGUUGCAUUGCCGCGGGCUUCGGGGCCUACCCCGUGGCUGCCAAAGCCCGGGCCGGGGGUGGCCCCACCCUCCAAUGCCCAACCCCCAGCAGUCCGGAGAAUGCAGCUUCCCUGGAGUAUGACUAUGAGACCAUCCGUAACAUCGACUGCUAUGGCACAGACUUCUGCGUGCGGGUGCGGGAUGGCAUGCGGUACUGGAACAUGACGGUGCAGUGGUGGCUGGCACAGUACAUCUACAAGAGCGCACCUGUCCGCUCCUACGUUCUGAGGAGCGCCUGGACCAUGCUGCUGAGCGCUUACUGGCAUGGCCUCCACCCUGGCUACUACCUGAGCUUCAUGACCAUCCCGCUGUGCCUGGCCGCAGAGGGCUAUUUGGAGUCAGCCUUGCGGAGACAUCUGAGCCCCAGGGGCCAGCAGGCCUGGGACUGGGUGCACUGGUUCCUGAAGAUGCGUGCCUACGACUACAUGUGCAUGGGCUUUGUGCUCCUCACCAUGGGUGACACGCUCCGGUACUGGGCCUCCAUCUACUACUGGAUCCACUUUCUAGCCCUGGCCUGCCUGGGGCUGGGUCUAGCUUUGGGUGGGGGCAGCCCCAGCAAGAGGAAGACAGCAUCCCAGGCCACCACCGGCCAAGCCAGGGAAAAGCUCCGGGAAGAGUGAGCUGUGCUGCUGCCAGCCAGCGCAGUCUUUGCUUGGGAAUUCUGUGAACCGGGCUGUAUUCUCCUUUACCCAGCAAGAAUCCCUUGUUUGGCUAGGAGCCUGGAGAGGAUUCCUCCUUCCUAACAAAUCCCCUGCCUCUGAUUUAAACAAAGCUAGGGGUACCCUUCUCCUAGAUGCUCGCCACAUCCUGACUUUUCCAAACCUCCCUCUGCUGACAUCAGGGUAUUACUGUCCACUCUUGUCCCUGUCUCUGCAGCAGUCUUCAGGUAUUCAAAAUGCCACACUUCCCAAAACGCAAGGGCACAGACCAGUGGUCAUGUGGCAUCUUGGACAAAGUCCCUGUGGAUCCCCAGUAUUGGGGCAAGAGCUUCAGGGCCAGGUUCUGUAAAAGGGGAGGAACAGUCUUGGCUUUUAUCAUCAAUCCAGUAUUUCAGAGACCAUGACCUUACACAUCCUGGAGGAGAAACCGAGGUACAAGUAAGCAGCUCCAGGGGAACACGCUCUUACAGUAGCUUCUGUCUGAGCCAUUUCUAGGCCCCCACACAACCUGCUACCCAGUGUCAUCCUUGGCCUGUGACAGGUCAGAAUGUGUAAAUCUUUCCCAAUAAAAUGUUACAUGUGCA